AUGGACAAGCACCAGCGGAAACUUCAUAAUCUUCCUUCUAAUAUGUCCCAAGAAGUUUUUCAAGCACUUAAUGAGGUUGUUCAAAGGAGACAUAGAAAUGCAUCUCCACAACAAUUGACCUUCCGGCCAUAUCCUCCGGCACCGGUGGGUGGUUCUGGGACCCAUGUUUCAGGUGAGAAAAGCGACUCCAAUUCAAAGAGGAGAAGAGUUAAAAAUAUAAGCUCCAGCAUCGUUCGUAGUGCUUCAAAAUUGGCUCAAACCCUUAAAAGAUGCGACGAAAUGAAAGAGAAACGACACCAACUAUUCAUGGAGAUCGAACAACAUAGGCUGCAAAUUGAAGAAACUAGAAAUGAAGUUGAACGCCAAGAAAUCGCCAACUUUGUUGAGGCCAUUAACAAUCUUUCUGAUUCUAUUCACUCAAUUAUUUCCGAUUAUAAUUGA